AUGAGUCACCUGGCCAGCAUGGCGACCUCAUGUGCAUUGCAGCUUCAAUGGACUUGUCUCCCCAGUUCUUCCAAGCCCAUAUCACUGAAAUCAGGGCAAAGAGCUAACCUCACCAUAAUGGACCGCAUCCGCUGUCUCAUAGCCCGUCCAGUGGCAUAUGAGCGACUCGAUGAUUCCAAUGCGGAGGAUGCCGAAGAGACGACACAUGCGUCGCAACACCAACAGACACCCUUCUCGAGAUUCAAGUAUGGAAUAUUCUUCCUGUUAGGAGUAUCCAUGCUUUGGGCAUGGAACAUGUUCCUCGCCGCAGCGCCUUAUUUCUUCACCCGAUUUCAGUCUGACGACUGGACUAGACUCCACUACCAGCCUUCGAUCCAGUCCGUCUCGACCGUUACAAACCUCGGCACGGCCUAUAUAUUAGCAAAGCUGCAGAGGAACGCAAACUAUCCGUGGAGAAUUACGCUCUCGCUUUUAAUGAACUGCGUAGUAUUUACCAUUCUGGCCUUCUCUGCUGUUGUGAUGACGGACUCGUCGCCGAAAUCAUAUUUCGCAUUUUUGAUGGUGAUGGUCUUCGGCGCGAGUCUGGCAACAGGAAUCAACCAAAAUGGCGUUUUCGCGUAUGUCUCCGGCUUUGGAAGGGAGGAAUAUACGCAGGCCAUUAUGGGUGGCCAGGGACUCGCAGGUGUGCUACCCUGCAUUGUACAGAUCUUCUCUGUGCUCGUUUGGCCACCAAAAGAUCAAACCGGUCACGAGGAAGGUGAACCGAAAAUGCCGCAAACGACCCUGUCAAGGUCGGCGUUCAUUUACUUCAUCACCUCGACGGGAGUCUCCAUCAUUGCGUUGUUGGCUUUCCUCUAUCUCCUUCGACAACAACCUUCUUCGAGACAGAAGUUAAGAGACGAUGAUGAGUCUGUUGAGGAACGCUCGCAUUCCAAAACAGUGAGUCUGUGGACUUUGUUUACCAAACUGCGGUUCCUGGCAUUCGCCGUCUUUGUCUGCUUCCUCAUCUCCAUGGUGUUCCCCGUUUACACUGCGGAAAUCAAAUCCGUUAAUGAUCCCGCCAAGUCGCGGCUUUACGACCCUAGCGUCUUUAUUCCAUUGGCGUUUUUGAUAUGGAACUUGGGCGACUUGGUCGGGCGAAUGGGUGUUGCUAUCCCGGGAAUGUCGGUGGGACAGUAUCCUCAGAUGGCGGCUAUCCUUGCCGUUGUGCGUGUCAUGUUCAUCCCGAUCUACCAGCUCUGCAACAUCAACGGGCAAGGUGCCGUCGUCAAGAGUGAUUUCUUCUACUUCGUUGUGCAGUUCCUUUUCGGUGCUACCAACGGGUACCUCGGAACAAGCUGUAUGAUGGGGGCUGGGCACUGGGUUGUUGCUGAUGAGCGGCCAGCUGCUGGUGGAUUUAUGAGUAUGGUUCUCGUCGGGGGUCUGGCAGCGGGUAGCUUGUUGAGCUUUUCCGUUGUGGGAUAA